AUGAAGACAGCAAUUACAUGCAUACUCUUCUCCUUAGUUCUGGGUGUCAUCUUCUCAGAUGCAGCCAGACAAGUCGGGAAGGCAGGUGGACCCAAUAAAAAUCAGAAGCUAGAUACUUCUAAACAAAAGAUGAAUUCAGGGGCUAAUGCUGAUCAAGAAGAAAUGAAAAAUAUGGGUAAAUUAUCUACUGGCAACACACUGGGUAGUCAAGUGAGUACUACUAAAUUAUCAGAGGACCAGGUCAUCUGCCCAGCACUCUUUGACCCUGUCUGUGGCUCUGAUGGGAAAACUUAUAGCAACAUGUGUAUGUUUGGUGAAGCAAAUAAGAAAAGCAAUGGAAAACUAAACCUGAAACACAAAGGAAAGUGCUGA